CAGACCUUUACGAGGAGCACAUCAGGAGCCAGGACAGCACUCUCCGCCGGCAAAAAUCCAGAAGUAACAAGAAGACACAGCAAAGCAGAAGCUCUUUGAAAAGAUGGUCCUGGAAGCCCUGAAUCCGAUGCACUACAACAUCACCAGCCUGGUGCCGGACGCCAUGCCCGUGGCCACCGUGCCCAUCCUCAUCCUCAUGUGCUUUCUCUUUCUAAUAUGGAAUCAUGAAGAGACCUCAUCAAUACCAGGGCCAGGAUACUGCAUGGGCAUCGGUCCCCUCAUCUCCCACGGGAGGUUUCUCUGGAUGGGAGUAGGCAAUGCCUGCAACUACUACAACAAGACGUACGGAGAAUUUGUGAGAGUUUGGAUCAGCGGUGAAGAAACGUUUAUAAUUAGCAAAUCCUCAAGCGUGUUCCAUGUAAUGAAGCACUGGCAUUAUGUGUCUCGAUUUGGGAGCAAGCUUGGAUUACAGUGCAUUGGCAUGUACGAGAACGGGAUCAUAUUUAACAACAACCCAGCACACUGGAAAGAAAUUCGACCCUUUUUCACCAAAGCUCUGUCUGGUCCCGGGCUGGUGCGGAUGAUCGCGAUUUGUGUGGAGUCGACCAUCGACCACCUGGACAAACUCCAGGAAGUAACGACGGAAUUCGGGAACAUCAACGUGCUGAACCUGAUGAGGCGGAUCAUGCUGGACACAUCCAACAAGCUGUUCCUCGGGGUCCCUCUGGAUGAAAAUGCCAUCGUGCUUAAGAUUCAAAACUACUUUGAUGCCUGGCAAGCACUUUUAUUAAAGCCUGACAUAUUUUUUAAGAUUUCUUGGCUGUGCAAGAAAUAUGAAGACGCGGUCAAGGAUCUUAAAGGAGCAAUGGAAAUCUUAAUAGAACAGAAACGACAAAAGCUUUCCACUGUUGAAAAGUUGGAUGAACACAUGGAUUUUGCAUCCCAGCUGAUUUUUGCACAGAACAGAGGGGAUCUGACUGCUGAGAAUGUGAACCAGUGUGUGCUGGAGAUGAUGAUUGCUGCUCCUGACACUCUGUCUGUGACGCUCUUCUUUAUGCUAAUCCUGAUUGCAGAGCACCCCACAGUGGAAGAGGAGAUGAUGAGAGAAAUCGAAACCGUUGUGGGCGACAGAGACAUACAAAGUGACGACAUGCCUAACUUAAAAACUGUGGAGAAUUUCAUUUAUGAGAGCAUGAGAUACCAGCCAGUUGUGGACUUGAUCAUGCGGAAAGCGUUACAGGACGAUGUCAUUGACGGCUACCCUGUGAAAAAGGGCACAAAUAUCAUCCUCAACAUCGGACGUAUGCAUAAACUCGAGUUCUUCCCAAAGCCAAACGAGUUUUCUCUUGAGAAUUUUGAGAAAAAUGUCCCUUCACGCUAUUUCCAGCCGUUCGGGUUCGGCCCCCGGAGCUGUGUGGGCAAGUUCAUUGCCAUGGUCAUGAUGAAGGCAAUCCUAGUGACUCUUCUGAGGCGGUGCAGAGUACAGACGAUGAAAGGAAGAGGCCUGAGCAACAUCCAGAAAAACAACGACCUAUCCAUGCACCCCAUAGAAAGGCAGCCUCUGCUGGAGAUGGUUUUCACACCCAGAAGGAACGCAAGCGAGGAUCAGGGGGAUAGAGGGGAUCAGCACUAAAGUUACUGGGUUUUCUCAACCACUAAGAGAUAGUCAUCAUUCCUAGCUAAAUGUAUAAAGUAAAACGUUUUGCUGCCCCUAAAUGACUUCAGGUGACAACUUGUCCUGCCUGCACAGCAGAACCACGGGCCACAAUUGGAAAGACCAAAAGUACAGAAUAGUUUUGUGGUAGAUGAUACCGUGCUACAAAAUUCCUGGUGACCUUUUAAAACCAUAGAGUCCCGACAAAGUUAUGCCUUCCCUUUCAAACAUGGCCAGUUCAGAGGUUUGAGGGUUAACAAACAAACAUGCCUGGCUUGUGUUUAAUUCCAGGACUAUGUGAGUCCAUUUCCCCCACCUCCCUGAAGCUGGAUCUUGCAGUAUUUGACUACAGCAAAAGUUCUAAUUAUCUGUUUUCAAAACAGGUGAAUGAAUAUUAAGCUCAUUUCAAGACUAAGAAACAAUUUAAAAUACUUAAGACAAUUUAAAAUACUUAAGACAUCUAUAAGUUGUAAAAAAAGUUUGAACAAGAAAUCAUUCAAACAUUUUUCUUUCCCGUGCUCUGCUGUCCUAUUAAACAGAUACCAAAGAUUGCCAGUGUCACACAGAUUUUACCAAUAGCAGUAAUUUUCAGAGUACUAGGUAAAUAUGGCAGUUGAGAUAACUGUUCUAUGUUUUUAAAACCCAGUCUCCUGCUGCAGGGGGAUCUGUAAACAUCUUAAUAAAGGCCAGAAUGAGGUAAUGAACACCAAACGUUGCCACCAGCAUCACAUGGGUGGGGUAACUUUCAGCCCCACCUCCUCCCCUGAUUGACUGUAAAAAUUUCCUGCCUCACCUCAGCUUGAAUGAAGAAGGUCUAAUUCCCUCUAAGCUGUCUAAGAUGCGCCAAACCCUUUUUUGAGCUGGUUUUAGUUGCUCAAUUCUACUUCAGAGAGUAAGAUUUGGAGACGUUGCCCAUGUUCCCACACCACAGCAGGAGACAGUGUCCCUCCCUAAUGAUCCAAACAACUCCCGGUGCUUCUCCUGUGAGAGCUCUGGGCUAUGUCCUGCUCUCCAGCAUCUUGCUCUGUCCAAACUGAUGCAGAGAGGUUCUGGAGUUAAGAUAAACACUCUCAAGAGGCAAAUUUCACUGGGUAAAUGCCCAGAGUUUUGUAGUGACAAAGGAGAAAAGUUCUGAAGUAACAAGCAGAUUUCUAGAAAUUUUUUUCCAAGGUGUUUUGCAAAUACAGUUUUUUGGUUUUCUGUUUUUUUUUUUUUUUUUUUUUUUUUUAAUUUUAACUAUAAACCAGGCUGGGGUUUAUAUUUAAUCCUUAACAGGGGAAAGUGACAACUACUCAACCGUUCUGUUCAGAAGAGACCCAUAUUGAAAUCUGUAAACCGGGACAUUGAUAUCUCUACUAGCCUAAUGAGGAGUUGUCAAUUUGGUCAAGAAGAAAAAGAUCUUCCUGGCUAAAUGACAAUGUUCCUCGACAGAAACUUUCCACUUUCAUUAAACUUGAGUUUUCAUACUGUGUAACACAAAGAAAGGGAUUUUCCAGAGAGAGACAACCAACCAAUGUACAACAGGCUUUAUAUUAACCUUUUCCCUCCAAGCCAUUUAAGCUAUAAUAGAAGGCAAGGAAAAAAAGGGGGGGGGGGAAGAAAAUUCAUUUUUAAUUUUAAAAUAUAAUUAAAAAUUACUAAUUAUUCAAUUCCUUCAGACCACUGAUCUCACGCACGAGUUCAGCAGAGAAAGAUUUAUCCAGUAGCACAGCAAAACUGCAGAAACCCAACAAAUAAUCAUGUGCCCCACCCAAAGGUAAUGGAUUAGACUGGGAAUGGCAACAAAGAGGAACUGCAUAUUUAGGGUAAUUCUCAAAACAACAUACAAAUCUUAUAAAGUAAUUUAAAUUUAAAAAUUCAAACUUGAAAGCAUUUAUUGAAGAAUUUAUUGCAGCUAAGUUACUUUUAAAUCUUUCUCCAUAAUAUUUGCAUUAUACCAAAAAUUACAACAGUGAGGUGCAAUCCUGCGGCACCUGUACACACAGACAAAACUGGGCAGUUGAAGACACAAAGAAAUAGGAUUUAAUGGUAAGACUUGACAGUCUUUUCCAAAAUAAAAGAUUCAGUGUUUCUAGGACUUCGAUUUUUUAGGUCAUGAAAUGACACAGUGGUAUGAAUCUGUGGAAUAUCCAAUGUAACCUCUGUUUCUACAGCCUUUUUACCCUUUAAACUAGGAAAUUGAUAAAGUAGUCGGAAGAAGAAAAAACAACAAACAAAUGCAACCAUGUUUAAAACAUUUUUACUCAUUCUGUAUCAUAAAACACUUCAGAGUACUUCAGUGGGCAAGUACCUCUUAUUUGCAUAAGAACUCUGAAAAGAAAUCCACUGAAGGUUUUUAUUUUUUUUCUUGAGAAUAAAGUACUAUAAUAUACGCAGGAGACAUAUCUUUGCUCAUUUCACACACAAAACCAAUUUUGUAGUGAUAAUUUCCUCUCUGAUUUUUCCCACCUCACAAUUGAAAUUACUAAAUUAUCAUUCAAAUUUUGAAGUAAUUUUAUGAAAUCAAAUAGACAAAAAAUGCAUGCUGCUCUGAUUUCUUGAAUGUAUUCUAUAUUGUUGAAUUUGUAGGCUGAAACUUCAGAAACAUGAUUACCAUAAUUAUUCUAUGGACAAAAUAAAGCAGUAUCAUUUUUUUUACUCUUUGUCAGCAAGGAAAGAGAGUUAUUUCCCAUUGUGUCUGAAGUACAUUCUUUCUGAAAUGUUUUGACCACAGCGUUUCUGGUCCUCUGGUUUCUACAGUAUUUAGUUUUGUCCACAUUUGGACAGCAGAGCUGUAAUUAAUCUGAGCUGUCAGCUCAUCCAAGUCCUGUUCUCCCUGCCUUUAUUAUGGCUGUUCCUCAGUGGUCUGUUUGCAUGAAUAUUUGCACUGCCAGGUCCAUUUCCCCAUCCCAGAAUCUCACAGGAGCUGGAGAGCUGCAGCCAGGGCAGCAGCGUUCCAGAACUUGCCGUGUGGGUACGAACAGUUUCAACCUUUCCACUGCACAGGACAGAGCUCUGGCUUUAAACAGUGUUUUCCUGCCAGGUACUGUACAAAUCCAGGUGGUUUUUUAAACCACAGCAGGUCCACAGCCAUCGGAGGAGUGUCCCAUUAAUGUUCAGCCCAUCGACACACAACAAACUCGACAGAUUUACACAUCACUGUGACUAAGGGCGGCCCACAGCACAUGGAUGUGGAUGUUGUCAGGAAACAAAAUAAACAUCAAAUAAAAGUUGUGUGCAAAAGA